UGCGGACAAAAACACAGAAGUAUAAACUAAAAACCGAUGCGUUCUGACGCAUUAGAGGGGAAAAUCGUACGUUUUGUCCCUUUUGGCUUUCCAUACACGACACCAUAUCGCGUCAUUCUUGAUGACAAACUCGUGGCUCAACACAGGCGGACUCUUGUUUUCCUUUCGGAAACCAUCGAUCUUCUAUCGAGUGUAAUACAGAUUCACACAAGGCCUUUCUGAUGAUAUUGUUAGUAUUUGGCGGUAAUACUCCUAAGUGAACGACCAUUAAACAACAAGAAGACUGUUAAGUAGAAGAAUAAAAACAGAAGGAGGGAAGUCCAUCGGGAACAGAAAUUGGGGGAACUUCUGGACAAGAAGGAAUGUUUGGAACAGACAUGGACAACGACGUGGCUCUUGGAUUGUUUGAAGAAGGAGCCACUCUUGUUCUACUUGGUGUUCCUGAAGGAAUAGAGUUGGGACUCGAUUACAAAACCUGGACGUUGGGUCCUCGGUUCCGUGGGGUGAAAAUGAUUCCUCCAGGACUUCACUUUCUCCAUUACUGCUCCGCCAAUACUGAAAGCGCCCGUGUAGAGAUUGGCCCUAAAAGAGGCCUGUUCCUGUCCCUGAAACCUCGGGAGGUGAUCAUAGCACACUGGAACAAAAGUGAUGAUGAUCUGGACUUCUCUCAAAAUGCUGAGGAAGUUGAGCGUGUAAGGGACAAUCUUAAAGAACUGGAUAGGUAUUUGGGGCCAUACCCAUAUGACACACUUCGCAAAUGGGUUUCCCUGACUGACAGACUUAGUCAGGAGUUAGCCAGCGCUUUGCAACCCCUUAGUGGUAGGGUGUCCUUCAGUGAUAUGGUCCCAGAACUGCAGCUGACCCAUACUAAAGACAGGGAAGAGCACAAUCUUCCCCGCAACGACCAGGAAUGUCAGAGUAUGAAGGAGGGAUUGGACAGACUGCCACGAAUGAAACAAAGAGAAGGCACAGAGUUACGCUUUUCACACAUUCCCAGACAGGUCUACCCUCCUGGGGCCACACCGGCUCAGAUCACUAAAUACAGUAUGGAUCUGAGCUACACCCUCAACUGUGUCCUUGAAAGUCGUUACAGACACCAGCCACUCAAUCUACUGGGGGAGUUACAGUUUGCGUUUGUUUGCUUCCUCAUUGGAAAUGUAUACGAGGCCUUUGAGCACUGGAAGACACUGCUGUCUCUGCUCUGUCGCUCUGAAGAGGCCAUCAAAGAAAAGAAGGAUUUGUAUCUAGGUCUCAUCUCUGUGCUCUACCACCAGCUGGGAGAAAUCCCUCCAGACUUCUUUGUUGAUAUUGUGUCCCAGUGCAACUUUCUAACAUCAACGCUUCAGGACUUUUUCCAGUUCGUCAGAAGCCCUGGAGUCGACAGCACUUUGCGCAAAAAAGCUGUAAAAUUUCAAGCCCACCUGACCAAAAAGUUUCGGUGGGAUUUUGAUGCAGAUCUUGAGGAUUGUGCUCCAGUGGUGGUGGUUCUUCCAGAUGGAGUUACAGUUGACUGAUACUGUUUGAUGAUCCAUUUUCCUGCUGUGUUUGCAAAUAUGUCUUGCAAUGUUAAAUGGACACAGCAUGGAUAGUCUCCGGUCACAUUAUAAAAAUGUGUUUUGACCAUUUCAUUUUAAUAAAUUCAAUUCUUUCA